AUGGAGGACGAGAAGGUAGACAUUGUCCAUGAAAGCGAUGACGCUUCUAGCAACUCUAGUAAUUCCUCAAAACUCGAUACGUUGGGGCCUUUGAGAAGUUCAUCCCGCGGCGGAAUUGAGGAGAGCGAAUCAUCAGAUACUGAUUCUUCUUCAAUUGGAAGGUAUUCCUCAAGAAUGCAGUCCAUUCGUUUUGAAUCAGACUCCCCGGUGGGAAAAGUCAGGUCUGUACAGAUGGCAAACCGCUUGACGAAAAUGGAUUCCAUCAAACAAGGGGUGAUGAUGAGCCCAACUUCAGGACGAAGAAGUGGUCUGAUAGUGCAAAGCCUGCAAGAUGACUUGAGGAAAUCGCAAGCGCUGUUGGAUGUUCGUGCUGUGGAUAACGUUGGAGGAGAGUUACAAGAGCAGUGGAUGGAAGUAUACAACAAAAAUGUCAUGAAUCUUGAACCAAUUGACGAAACAAAAUACGAUGAUUUUGUUUGGAGUCGUCUGAUACUGAUGCAAGAUUUUAAGGGAAUGUUGCUCUUACAUCAUGCUUGCCGACGGAAAGCACCAUACGAGACUGUCAAAUGGUUUAUUGGAGAUGAGAGUGAUAUCAUUACCCUGAGUCAUAGAGCAAAGGAUGGGAGCCUUCCCAUACACAUCGCAUGUAGAGCCUUCGCCUCUUUUGACGUUGUGCAGCUCGUCUCAAAAGAUUCCAACCGACAAAGUUACAUCAAUGUCCCGGAUAAGGAAGGCCGACUGCCCUUGGACAUUUUUGGUUCUGGAGUAUCUAGCGGACAAAAUAGAAAGUCUCAAAGCCGUGCUAUGCAAACCUUUACGGAAAAUAUGUUCAAGAGCUUGAUCAGGGAAAAGGACGCAAACAUCGAGGAAACCUUUAUGGCGAUGGAUUCCAUUUGCAAUAACUGUCCGCCAAAGAAGUUUCAAACAAUUGUUUGCAACAACUUACAUGAAAAAGUUUGCAUACAAUGGUUGACGUGGGCCUUCUGUCAACAGAAAGUAAUAUCUUCCAUCAUGCGGGAUUUCUACUGUAAAGUCGCCUGGAUUGCGAUCCUCAUGCAGUCGUCGAGUUUGUACUUGAAGGGGAAACGAACGGAUGGUUAUGCCUAUGCUCUCUACUUCUUUACACUCAUAUUCCUGGUUCGGGAGAUUAAGCAAGUCCGUAGAUAUAUCAAGGCACAAGUUCUCGUGGAUUAUGUAAAAGAGAUUUGGAAUUGGGUAGAUGUGGCUGUCAUUUGCUUGGUGGCAACUUCCGCUACGAUUUUACUGCUUGAUGAUCCAAGUGGUGGCUACAACGAACGUGCAAGAACUGUCCUCAUGGUGACAAAUGCAUUCCAGCUUUUGCAUUUUGCAUCAUUCUUGAAGAAAAUCUUUCUCCCGUUUGCUACUUUUGUUGGUGGACUAAUGAUGCUCUUCAAAACACUGCUCCCAUUCAUGGUCUGUACUUCACUGGUGUUACUAGCAUUCGCUUUUAUGUACCACGUAUCCAAGUUUGAUCGAAACAACCCAUUGCCGCCGGAUCAAUUGCAGUUCAGUACCCUAUGGGUCUCUUUCUUGUCAGUUUUUCAAAUGUUUGUUGAUGCACCAGAAGAGACCGCGUCUAUGCUGGACGCAGCCUUUGGAGUGGUGACAACCAUUGUUCUUCUGAAUGUGGUGAUUGCUGUGAUCAGUAUUUCUUGGGACAAGUCCACCGAAGAGGAGAAGGCGCUACGAGUUUUCUGGGAGUAUCGCUUGACCUUUAUUCAAGAUGUCACUCUAAGCCGCAAGGCUCAGAUAUCGGCGAAGAAGAUGAAGAAAUUGAUGAGGCUAAACACCUUUAGCGACCGAUUUGAUCAAGCUCGGUCGGACCGGAUGGAGAGAUUUCAUGAUCCGUCCCAGAAGAAUGGAAUCGGGCUGUACUUCUUCUUUGUAACGCAAUAUGCUGUCUAUUUCUGCCUUGGGUGGGUGACCUUCGGAUACUUUUGGCCAUUCAAGAUUCGCAAAGACAUUUUCGGAAUCAAGUUCCGUCCUCCCAUAAUUGAUACCAAGUCAGAGAUUAUCGAGACACGCAAGGUUCACGAUACCGUCACCAAGCGAAUGGACGAACUAGAAGGGAAGAUCACGAAACAAAAUUCGGAUAACCUGACUCUGUUGGCACAGAAUCAAAAUCUGAAUCGGAAAAUGGAUGAUUUGGAAUCAUCUAUUGACAAAUUGACGAAACUUCUGACGCAACAGCAAGGCCCCUCCUCGCAGCCAAAGGAACCCUCGUUCGAUGAUUCAGCCAUUGACGUACCAGCUCGCUCUUCUUCACCCGACGAUUCAGCUGUUGAGGUACCAACUCGUACUCCUUCACCUGACGAUUCAGCAAUUGAAGUACCAGCCCGUAGGUUCGAGCCCGAUGAUUCCGCACGUACUUCUUCCGCCUUAUCGGUAGGAUCACCAGAGAGCUACAAGAGAAUACUCCCAUCUGGUCAAGUUGUGACUUCUGAUAUUACCGGCAGUGACUCUGGAGACGAGUCCGACGAGAAUCAAACUCACUACAAAGCAUAA